AUGUAUUAUAAACAUACAAGCACCUUUAAGAAGUUGGAUGAUUAGACAAAAGUAUUAUUAUAUGUAAAUGCAAAUGUGAAAUACUAAAGUUAACAAUAUUUUAAAAUAGUUCUCGAUAAUACACUUGUCAAAAUUCAGUAAGUCUAGAUCAACAAAUAAAUGCUAUAUUUCUAUACUUUGAGUAGAAAUAUUAAAAAACGGAAGUGGUUCUUCUGAU